UUACUUUACCGUGAAGAAGCUCCCAGUUUUAACCCCAGUAAUCGAACCGGUUAAUAGUUUCAGCAGUUGUCUCUUCUGCCUGCUGAUACGGUGCACAUUUCCGUGUCGCCGAGCCUGGCUCUAUGAAGUGCGGCUGCCGAAUCCAAAGAGUGAAUGCCAAACUUAGACACAGAAAUGCCAACGCCCAUGCUGGGGGAACUGGAGGCAUCGAAAUACAAAGUAAAACAUGUCCCGAUGAAUGUGUGGGUGUGGAGGUGAUAGAACAGGGAGAGAGCGACAGGAACGGAAAAAGAACAAAUCGGUAGACGGAGAGAGGACGCGUCACCACGCCAAAUCCAUAAAAUAAACGGCCUAACAGCGGCAGAAUAAACGAGUUCCUCAGCAGCCACUUCAGUCCGGAGUGUGUCUUCAAUCUUAGCGGGGCAAAUGCUACGUUUAGCGAGGAAAUGUGUGCUCAGCGACGCGGCGUGCGUAGCGGAGGAAAACAAGAAGAGCUACGAGGAGCUCUUCGCGAAGCUGGACACCAACCGAGAUGGGAAGGUGGACAUCAACGAGCUGCGAGAGGGCCUGCAGAAGAUGGGCAUGGCGGUGGGCCCGGAUGCGGAAAAGAAAAUUGUUUCAGCCGGUGACAGCAAUAAGGAUGGACAGUUGGACUUUGAAGAAUUUUCAGAGUAUCUUAAGGAUCAUGAGAAGAAACUGAUGUUGACCUUCAAGAGCCUGGACAAAAAUAAUGAUGGGACCAUUGAUGCUUCUGAAAUUAAAGAGUCUCUUGCUAAAUUGGGAGUCUCCAUAACAGAAGAGAGCGCACAGAAGAUUUUGAAAAGUAUUGAUGCUGAUGGGACCCUGAGUGUUGACUGGAAUGAAUGGCGGGAGCACUUUCUCUUUAACCCAGCCACAAACAUUCAAGAGAUUAUCCGAUUCUGGAAGCAUUCAACUGUUCUAGAUAUUGGAGACAGCCUAACCAUUCCUGAUGAAUUCACAGAAGAGGAAAAGAAGACAGGAAUGUGGUGGAAGCAGCUUGUGGCUGGAGGGAUGGCAGGAGCUGUUUCAAGAACUGGGACUGCCCCUCUUGAUCGAAUUAAAGUCUUUAUGCAGGUGCAUGCAUCAAAAUCGAAUAAAAUGAGCAUAUCCAGUGGCCUCAAACAAAUGGUUAAAGAAGGUGGAGUAACAUCACUGUGGCGUGGUAAUGGAGUUAAUGUUAUUAAGAUUGCUCCUGAGACUGCCAUUAAAUUUUGGGCUUAUGAACAGUACAAAAAGCUGAUUACAUCAGGUGAUGGGAAGAUCAAGCCCCAUGAGAGGUUUAUUGCUGGUUCCUUAGCUGGGGCCACUGCACAAACUAUUAUUUAUCCUAUGGAGGUCAUGAAGACUAGAUUAACUCUCAGGAAAACUGGCCAGUAUUCAGGCAUGUUUGACUGUGCUAAAAAGAUUCUGAGGAGAGAGGGUGUAAAGGCCUUUUAUAAAGGCUACAUUCCCAACAUUCUGGGCAUUAUACCUUAUGCAGGCAUCGAUCUGGCAAUUUAUGAGGGUUUGAAGAAUAAAUGGCUGACACAUUACGCUAAAGAUUCUGCAAAUCCUGGUGUUUUAGUUCUUCUGGGUUGUGGUACUAUUUCUAGCACUUGUGGCCAGCUUGCUAGUUAUCCCCUGGCUUUGAUCAGAACUCGUAUGCAAGCACAAGCAUCCGUAGAAGGAGCACCUCAACUUUCCAUGGUCAGCCUCACAAAGAAAAUCAUAGUAAAGGAAGGCUUUUUUGGACUUUACCGAGGCAUAGCUCCCAAUUUUCUGAAAGUUAUUCCUGCAGUCAGCAUUAGUUAUGUCGUGUAUGAAUACAUGAAGACUGGUUUGGGGAUUUCAAAAUAAAGCCCAAGAAUACUGUAGUUUACAAACAGACAAACACUUGCAAGAAGAUCAGCAGAAUGUUGGUUUUAUGUCUGAAAUAAUUAGUUUUAUUUUGUGCCAUUGAUUAUUUUGAAAGACAGUUGACAUCUUGGCAAGCUGACUUAUUUUUUUACAGAAGUAAACUGUUUUUAGGUUAUAAUCAUAAAACAAUACCUCGGUGCUGUGCUAGACACUCUGUAAAGAGCUCGGGUAUAUAUUUUAUAUGUUAUUUUUUAUACCAUUUAUGUGAACUUGAGUAUGCUUAGGUUUGUUAUCAGUUUCAGGGUUGAUUUCUAUAGCGAGGCACUAUAUGAACUUACAGAAACGGCAUCUCUAGCUUUCAGUCCUCACAGUGCAUGCUUGUGCUCUUUUACUUUAUUUCUUAACUAAUCACACCAUUUGUUUCAUUAAAAUGACAGUUUUUGGGAUUCAGACAUGUCCCCUGUCCUAUUUCUGAACCAGUAGCAUUGGCUGCAGGGUAGGAACAGACCUCAGCCAUUACAGACACCCUCAUAAGCAAAACUCACUUGCUCAAACUUUGAAUUUCCAGUUCCCCAAACACACAAAAGAAACAACACAAGGAUACUAGGAAAACGAAACCAAAUCCACAGAAAUACAAAUCUGGGUCUUUACAGGUGUGAGGCUGCCGUGCUAACCGCUGUACUGUCCUCUGCCUGUUCCGUUACUCUUCACCGUCUGCGAAGCCCACCAUUUGAGCCAGCGGCUCUGAUCAGACGUUUAAGGCAAAUAAACCUGUUGAGUGAUAGGAAGCAGGCCUUGAAGUAAGAAAGAAAAAUCUUCAUUUAUUAGCCAACCUUUAUUCUAUAUAGUGCCAUCCUAGAUACCUAGGAUAAUUUAUACAUAUAUAUAUAUAAAAAACUGAAAGUGGGUUACUUGGAGGGAUUGGACAAGCAACCUUGUGGUUUUUGGUUCAGUACUUUCUAAAAGAAGUUAAUGUUGGGCUUGACCAGAACCCGGACUGGGAAAUGCUUCUGUAAAAUCAUCCUUAGCUCUCUUUUAAGUGUCUGCAUACUUAGAAAACACUGGAAAAAAGUAACUCUUUAUUGUCUAAUGGAGACUAUGAAGGCUUUCCUAAUCAGUGCCACACACAUUAACUUCAGCUGUGUAUGCGAACAAGUGACUGAAAUGGCUAUUUUACGUUUUUUGGUUACUAGAUAACAACAAUAUUAGAAAAGAGUUAUUCUUGCAAAAAUCUGUGAAGUAGGAUUGUUUUUUGAUGUGACUUUUUUUAUUUUAGACAUUGUUUUGUAAAUUUUCUUCAAAUCCUGCAAAAUACUGAAGAAUGGUAGUUUAUUCUAGGGAAAUUAGAGAUAGCUGUACCAUCAAGUUAAGGGUAGUGGAAAGAACAAGUUAUCAAAAUUCACCAUACUUUGGUGUUGUCUCUGCCAGUCUUUUAGGUCUGCAUUGUUUUAAUAGCCCUCUAUUAAUUAUGAAUCCUAAUACAAUGGAGGAAAAAGAAGUCAGAGCCAAAUCUUAGCUACAGCACAUAUAAAAUCUGCUUUAUUAGUGUGUGCCUGUGCAUCUUCUGAGGGCUUCACUGUUUAUACUGUGUGGAUGUGUUUAUGGAUAGAUGUAUAAAACUUAGAAUUUCUAUUACGUCGUGCAUACUCCGCUUCUUGCUAAACUCAGGAUAAAUAUGCCAAAAAUAUGUAUGCUGCAUGUGUCAUUUUUAUCAAAUUAUAUUUGGGAAGACACUGAAAAAACUGCUGUGGGGUUGGAUACUCGGAAUUAAAUGGAAGUAACAAUUGUAAUGAUAUCCAUGUAGUCUGAGGCCUGCUAUGCACAACAGUUGCCUUAACAUUUUCCAUCCUAAUUAAACACAUUUUAUACCAUACCAAAGAUCUGCCUUUUCUUGAGGUGAACACAAGGAUGCCUUACUUCAGAUUUCUAGUAGUACUUCACAUUUUUAAUAUCUAUCAGCAUAAAUCUGUCCACGGUUCAAUUUAGGUUUUAUUUAGAUAGAUAGAUAGAUAGAUAGAUAGAUAGAUAGAUAGAUAGAUAGAUAGAUAGAUAGAUAGAUAGAUACUUUAUUAAUCCCAAUGGGAAAUUCACAUUUAUUUAUUUAUUUUGUGAAACCGUAUCCAGUGAUAAGCACUGUACGCUACCUAUAAGUACACUGUUAAAAACACAAGAGAAAAUGACCUACCUACAACAGAAAACAUCCUCUCUCACUCUCUCUCAUUAUAUACUGUAUAUAUAUAUAUAUAUAUAUUUGUGUAUAUAUAUGUCCAAUGAACAUGGCUUCGAUUGUCAUGCUGUCCAAAGUAUUCACUGAGGGCUUGUGCCCUGUGCAGUACAUAAUAAGCAUUUUCAUCCUUCAGCCUUCAUGUGCACAAACUGUUGGUUACAAAUGCUUCACAAUCUCAUCUAUAUAUCUGUAUGUAUACUGUAUAUAAUAUACUAUAUACACCUAUAUUAUACAUAUAUAUAAAAUAUACAUUUAUUAGGCCUGGGAAAGUUGACACGUUCAUUUUGCAAUUAAUAUGGCCUGUUUAAUGCGUUAAAAAAUACUGUUGCAUUCAGGGCCGGCCACGAGACAAAUGCCUCAGGCAGUGCUUUGGUCAGGGUGGCAUUUUCAUUUAAUUUUUUUUUAUUUUACAUUCCAAAACAAUAGUAAGUUUGAUCUAAAGAAUUAUAUACACACCCAGUGCCAUAUUUAUAUACUACUGUACCUUUAAAAAUGUCGUGAAGUAAAAUGUUCAUUUACAGGUUUCAAGUUUUGCCCUGCGGUGGGCUGGCGCCCUGCCCAGGGUUUGUUCCCUGCCUUGCACCCUGUAUUGGCUGGGAUUGGCUCCAGCAGACCCCAGUGACCCUGUAGUUAGGAUAUACCGGGUUGGAUAAUGGAUGGAUGGAUGAGUUUCAAUUUUCUUGAUUUUCUGCAUACUAACGUAAGUGCAGGGGGUCACAGCAGUCCUGGUGCAAUGCUACAGAAAAGUUGUGAAGGUAAAAAUUACGCUUUUUUUUUCUUGUUUCUGUAAGAAGGUCGAAUCAAUGUCAUAUUACGUAUGUGCCAAAUAAGUUAACUAUGAGUGACACUAAAACCAAAGUAAGUCUCUAGAACUUCCAUAUUUAACUCGCUGUCUGCCAGGUACCUUACAGUGCUGAAUGCCCCAAUAUAAUGAAAACAUCUGACGAAACAGAUUUGUAAUGAUUAUCUCUACCCAUUGUUCCAGUUUGCAGGAUCUUCUCUAAUUUAUGCAAAGAACACAAUAUAACCAUCCAAGUAAUGCACGGUGUCAGUUUUUACGUGAGGCAGCAGCUACGGAGAUCUUUUUUAGCGUGCUAGGAGCAAAGGUGUAAGUAGAGCAGGGUUUUCCAGCCAUUUUUCUGUGGGGGCACACUUUUUGUAACCUAAAAAAUCCUAAAGUGGAGGGAUGAGGGGGCAAAAAAAAAGCAGCUUGGAGAUUGGCGUUUGCAGACACAGCACUUUGGACGGUGUGGCGACGUCCUGCAAUCAGCGCAGGGAGCCUCCCCACCUCCCACCCUCUCUCUUUAGGAAUGUAUUCAGAUUCAGGUUGUACUUCCUCACGUAGCAUUUUGUUAAAAGUUCAGUUCUAAGGUCACUGUUUUAAGUUCAAACUAUGCCAUUAAUAUUUUUUAUUUCCUUUGUGUUGAUUCUACAUUAGUUUUGUGAUUCAGUGUUUAUUUACUUCAUUUUAUGUAUUCAUUUUCUAAUUACAUUUUAAUGUUAGAUGUGAUUAAUUAUAUACAUGUAUGAGUUUUUUUUUUUAAUCUGUUCCAAGCCCUAAAAAUAUAUAUAUUUUAAAUAUAUAUAUAUGUCUGUCUAGAUAGAUAUAGAUACAUGGUUGUGCCCCAUCUAUCUUGCAAUUCCUCAUGAACCACUGGGUCUUGGUCUUAUGGAAAGCUGAUGACGUGGUAGGCACUGGUGAAGCAUGAAGUGUGGUUCAUGGCAACCUUCGAGAAGUAAUGGUGGUUCACCUUUUUUGUUUUCUUAUGGCAAUCUUAUGAAAAGGUGACAUAGCAGGGAGGAAAGGAAGAGCAGCAACAUCUGCUAAACAUGACGCAAACUGCCAAAGCCGAUUACGUGUUAGCAUGUGCAGUGCGGCAACCUGCUGGUACUGAGGGAGCUACAGGGUGUGGAACCUCGAUCUUGAGGGGACUGGAGGUCCGCAUGUUGUUUAUUAUAUACACCCAGAUGUCGUAUGCAGGUAAAUAGGUGUGUAGGAUCAGUACUGUCACAUACACAGAGUCCGGUAAUUCGUAUGCUAAUCAGCAUGUAACGUCAUCACUCUCCAGCUCUCUCUGUUUAGACAGAUAGAUAAAAAUGUCUGUUGGAUCCAUUUAACAGAUUGUCCAGUCUAACACGAUGGCCUUUUAUCCGAUUCCCGUUUCUGCUUUAUCAUGAUGAAACUGGACAACACAACACCAGGUUUUCUGGCCCAAAAAACAGAAGAAAGGAAAUGUAAUCAUUGGCAAUCAGAAAAGCUGUUUCAGUCUCUGGAGGAGGAAUUGAUCUUUUCCUUUGGCACUUUCUAAUUUUUUUCUUAUAUUAUUUUGUGGUAAGGGCAGUAAUCGGUGUAAAGGUAAUAUUGCAUAAUCAAUCUGUAAUAUAAUUAAGUCUUAACAUCAAAUUAAAUGUUAUGCCACAUUUACAAUUGUUUAAUUCAAGCAGUGGAUUUACUGUGUUCUUUAAUGGUUGCAUUGAGUUUGUAACCAGUGAAGAAUUAUCCAUAAAUGUGACAUGAAUGGCCCCGAGUUUGAUAUCCUUCUCAGUAGGUUUUUGAUUUAGUCAAUUUAAAUAUGAACCCCUUUUUAAGGAGGUAUGGUACCUGCCUGGAUUUAAUUUUGGUUUUAUAACUUUUGCGGAAGUUGAAGAUACCACUCAGUGUAAAAUGACAUUUUAUGGAUUAAAUGGAAUUUGAAACUUUUUACAGUGCAUCCUUUGCUUUAUAUGGAUUGUAAACUCUGCUUAUGUUAUGUUUUAAGGAACUGCACUCUCCAAUUGCCUUUUUAUGCAAUAGCAUGUAUGUCUAAAUCAUUAAACGGUUUUCUUGUCAUGC